AAUGAACGAUAAAGAUAGAAUGAUGCGAUAGGGCCGAUAGCGCGCUCGCCGAACACAGCCCCGGUGUACUUCAUUGUUGAAGAUGUGAUAAAAUGCUCGCAAAAAACAAUGUAUUGUUAUUUUAUGUGUUGUUAAUUGCGCUGAUUUCUAUCGCUCUAUUUUUGUACGGUUUCUUCCCAAUCGCCCAUCACGGAGAUGCUGUCGCCUCGCAACUGGAUGUACCAGGAUACGUCGGUGACGUGAAUGUAAAGAAACAUUCGUUAUAUUCGCCGAUGGUAACAAGAUUAAUAAUUAUGGUGAUUGAUGGGCUGAGAUGGGACUUUGUCGCAGGUCCAGUAGGAAAAGAUGCCAUGCCAAUGACAAGUAGUCUAUUGGCGAAUUCUUCCGGAUGCUUAUUGCAGGCCAAGUUGCAAUCACCAACCGUGACAAUGCCUAGAAUAAAAGCAAUGAUGACCGGUACAGUGCCGAAUUUUGUGGACAUAGUACUGAACUUUGGCAGUAAACCUCUGUACAGCGACAGUUUGUUGCUUCAAGCUAAGAAGCAUGAGCACGUACUAGUGUUUUACGGAGACGACACUUGGCUCUCUCUAUUUCCAUCAGUAUUCGAACGUCACGAUGGCACCACUUCGUUUUUCGUUACGGAUUUUACAGAGGUGGAUGACAACGUGACUCGACACAUAGAAGACGAGUUGAAUCACGAUGAUUGGUCGGUGAUGAUUCUCCAUUACCUCGGACUCGAUCACAUCGGUCACAUUGAAGGUCCAUUCGGCGCAUCAAUUAAACCGAAACUGCAAGAAAUGGAUGAGAUCGUCGCUCAGAUAGCUAGAAGAGUACAGUAUUGGAACAACGACGGAACGCCCGCGCUUUUCGUCGUCUGCGGCGAUCACGGGAUGAAGGACUCUGGCGGCCACGGCGGCUCGACGCCGCAGGAGACGACAGUGCCGUUCGUCGCGAUCGGGAAAACUCGCUGUUCUCGCCAGGAGAACGGCGAACCGAUCGAGGUCGAACAGCUCGACGUAGCGACGACACUGUCGGCCGUCCUCGGUUUACCUAUUCCUUCCACGAACCUCGGCUCUGUGUUCUUAGACAGCAUCUACAGCCUCGGCGAUGCCAAGCGACUUUUUCUGCUCUAUUACAACUCGAGGCAGGUGUUCGAUCGUUUCCGGAAGCUCGCCCACCGCGAGUCGCAGAUUGAGUAUGUACACCGGAAGUAUCUGAACACCGUGAAGCUGCACGCCGCUUGGUUGAAGGCGAGCGACAAUCCAAGCGGGAUGGUCGAGAAUAUCGUCUUGUCUUAUAACGCGAUCCUUAAGGAGAUGAAGGACGCUCUAAUCAGCAGCAUGGUCAAGCAUGAUUUCCGUCCAAUGGUCAUCGCCAUGCUUUUCCUGUGUCAAAUACUUAUAAUUUUGUUUUUUGUACAAAACGUUGCUUGGACGACUUACAAAAAGCCUACGUCUCAGUUCCUGGUGCGCUUUCUCCUCUGCAUAGGAAUCUAUUAUUUCUGCGGUCCCAAAAGCAUGGUUUCAGUCCACCCGAUGAGUAUACUCAAAGCUUCGUUGUUCCUGUUUGUCAUCGCCAUUUUGUAUAUAAACUGCGAUCUUUGUGCAACUAGUCAUUUAUCACUAAUUGAGUUUAAGGAAUCGAAGUUACGCGGAGCGUUUCAAAUCGGCGCGUUCUUGCACGUGGUGAGCCUCGCCGGCAGCAGCUUCAUCGAGGAGGAGCACCAGACGUGGUACUUCUUCUGGACGAGUACGAUUGUGUGCUUGUUGUAUCACUGCUGCGCGAGGCUGCUCGCGCACCACCGAGAUAAUCUUACGAGCGUAAGGGUACGAACCGGGGUGGAUCCAAGUUGCGGCGAUUCUAGGCGUCCGCGACACGUAGAACUUUGCGCUAAGCUAUUGUUGCUACUGAUAGGGCACAGAGUGCUGCGCAAGUUAAACAGCACCGGUGACAAGUGGGCCCAUCUGCCCGACAUAGCGCGCUGGUUGAAGGAGGACGACAGCAAAGUCGGCAUGACGCUCCUGCUUCUAACCGCACUCGUUCUUCUGACCUGGAUCGCUCACCAAUACGAGGAUAAGAAGUACAGAUGGCAGACGUCGAUUCUUACCGCGGCCGGCACGGUGUGCAUUUAUCUUCGCCACAUGGCGAACGGCGCCGUCCUGAAAAUUCCAUUCUACUUCUCGUCGAGUGGAUUAUACGAAGUACAAACGUUUUGGGGGAUAACGACGUUGCUUGUCGUGUGCUACGGGUAUCGAGCGAUAUCAGCGAUUAGACGUAACAGACGGCGUUUCGCGAGCACGGCGCUGCGCUGCAUCAUCAACACUUGGGUGAUGAUCUCGGCGAUGCUGCACCAACCUUAUAACGUGAUCCUACUGCCGGUGCAGAUCAUCGCGAGCUCGACGAUCGACGAAGCGUUGUGGGAGAACGAUCUGCUCGAUCUCGGCGUCUUCGUGCAUUGCUGGCUGGGCAAUGUGUUUUAUUUCUAUCAGGGAAACUCCAAUAGUCUCGCAAGCGUAGACAUCGCUGCGGGUUACGUCGGUCUGCGUUCCUACGUGCCCUUCAUUACCGGCAUUUAUCUAGUCAUCAAUACUUAUUCCGCGCCCGUGCUGGCUUACUUCCUGCUCGUCCACCAGCGACAUUCGCAUCGCAUGGACGUCGUGCAGACGAGCAGAACUUACAUCGCGUGGAGACUGCUGACGAUAAUCGUUUACAUGAUCGUCGUUGCCUGCCAGCGUCACCAUCUGUUCGUGUGGUCGGUGUUCUCGCCGAAAUUGUUGUACGAGGCGGUGCAUUCCGCGAUAAUGUGCUGCAGCGUGCUGCUGGCGUUGAUCGUGAUCACGUUGCAAGCCGCGAUCAUUCCCGAUUGCGCAUCGCACAAAGAUUAAAUCCAUGCAACGCUGCAGAAACUAGCGCAAAAUAUAUGUAGUAUUUUCGAUUAAAAAAAUGUUUAAAUUUA